GGUCCCGUUAGCAUCGUAGUGUGUUUCGGUUGAAUGCGCGUUUUUAGUUCCCUGUUUUGGGGCUCUAUAGACUCUAGUAGCGAAGACAGUCAGUCAGUCAGUGAGUGCGAGAGAGGGAGGCUGCGUGUAGGUGGUGCAAAACUGGAUAUACAUUUUUUUAGUGUGAACAUUUUCCACUAGACUGAGCCGGGAACCGUUUUACCGGAAUAAGCCAAAAAAGGUGCGUGUGCAGUGGCCAUAGUUGAGCGAAAUAGGAUAGGUACCUAUACAUUUAUCGGUCGGAACGUUCUUCUUUUUCACUGGUGGGGUGAAAACGAGCCUUUCCGUUCGGUUCGGAUCUGUCACAAUAGAAGUUGCAAUUCAGAUCGGGACGAAAGACGCAAAUAGAUUUUUUUACUACUUAUUUGUUCACGAGCAUGUAACAAAACAAAACAUACUUUUAAAAGGUGUUAUUCAGUGCAUUGAGCAGAUUUUUUUUGUUACUAAAAAGGACAUCAUUUUCCGUUUCGACGUAUGAGUUCAGUGUUCCCGUGUGUGCGUGGCGGUUUUGUGUACAUGCAGUAAAAUAUAUUUUUGGGGGAGGGAAGGAGUUUCGAUUUUCCUGGCCCCUUUUUCCUAUCGAAUAGCUAAGGAGGAGGAUUUAUUUCUGCAAAAUAAACGUACAGUUUAUAAAAUGUCAACGAAUUAAGAAAAAAAGAGGUGAACGUCACGUGUUACUUUCCGGAAGAAGAAUGAAUUAAUAAGGAGUUUCAGAAAAGUGUAAGAAGAGGCAAAUUGUGUGUGAAAUUUUUUUACGAUAGCGAAGAUAUCGGAAGCUGAGAUCAAUUAAGAUUGUUCGCCGACUUUUUGCUGGUCCAGUGUAUGCUUGUGUGUUUGUAGCAGUGUACUGUGGUGUUGUUUAUGCGCUGUGACAGGAUACAAUCAUAGCAAGUAGUCGUGCCGAAGCAGAAAAGGACUCGUGGAAACACACAAACACCAAUAAACAGCCAGCAUAAAAGUUUUCAUGACGAGGCAGCAGCAAGCAGGAAGGAAAAGCUGACUUGGAUUAUGUCUACAACAUUGCGCCACUGGCAUCAACAAUAGCAGCAGAAGCAGCACCAAAUAGUACCUAGUACCUUUCGCAAAAUUGGAACCGACAGGAACCGAAUAACCAAGAUCGUAGCAUCGGAGUCCCACCCACUAGGCAACCGCAUAGUACCACGGAGAAACACGGCGAUACUUAAAAAUGGCAGUUAAAAACGACCUCUUGAGAAUAGAUUUGCUUUUUUGUCGCCCGCAGCCACAAGAACGGGUCUGCCAGUAAAACGCGCCCAGCGGUGACAACAGGAAUUUGUUUCCGUGUCCGCCACCGAGCAGUUUCGUGAAACACGUAAAAAGCAAAGGAAAAAAUAAGUAGAGAAAGCGUUAGCCCGAAACUUUUAUCUUCUUCGUCGACACUGGGCUGCCGCCGUAGUUCUGACUUGUUUUCUCAAGAACCACUCACAGCAGCUGCGACUAAUGAAAAAAUCUGACUUUUCCCAUCGUGAGGUUCUUGCAUUCAAGUGCAGCGUUUUCUUGAAGCAAAAAAUGCAUCAAAAAGUGAAAAACAAAGACAAAAGUGGGAAAUAAUUAAUUCCCAAGAAAAGUUGACCAGCGGCGGAUGCCUUCCGCCGGGCGCCCAAUAUUCUCGAAAAAGGGUUUCCACUUCAUUAGAUGACUGUAUUAUUAACGUUGAUCUCAUAUUCGCAUCAGCGCAUUCCUAGAUGAACCCUUCAUCGCCUUAACACGGCUAUCGCAAACACUGUUAAGCAUCAAGAAAUCACCAAUUCAUUUCGAAACAAGCGCAACUGCAGCAUUUAACUCGUGCCAAGAUAGUCGAGAAAUUAAUUCUAAGCAAAACAAAGUCGUAAUCGUAGUGGGUCUAAUCCCGUCUGUGUAGGACAGUCAAACAACAAGGAACGGAACGCACAUAUCCGAUCCCCCGAAAAGUAACAAUAAUUACAAGGAAAAGUUCACUGGUGCCUGGAGCCGGAAGCCAACAAACAAUAUCUUUGAAACCAUUACCAAAGGCCACAGGCGUAAAAAAAACCGUACAUUUUAGCGUGUUUACACAACAGCAGCAGCACAACCAACCACGCCCCCUUUUUAACGGCGCCGUAGCAGUGUCACAGCAUAGCGAUCAAAGAGUUUAUCACCUUUCGAAUCGAGUGUAUCGAAUAUUUUGCUCCGAUAGCUUUUCGACUCCACAGUAGCGGAAUUUCACCCACAGCAGCUGUGUAAGAUGGGCAAUAAAUGUUGCAGUAAACGUCAGGAUCAGGAACUGGCCCUCAGCUAUCCGGGCGGCUACAAGAAAGGCGAAAACUCGUUCACAUCGAACCUGUCCGGACCAAAGCACAACAAUGGCGGCGGUGGUUCGCUCGACUCCCGAUACACCCCGGACCCGAACCGGGGACAGUUGAUUAAGCAUCCCAAAGGCGGCGUGGACAUCAUCCGACCGAGGACGACACAGCUUCUACCCGGCCACAGCACCCGGCGGAUAGUGGUGGCCUUGUACAACUACAAUGCCCGCGAGGAAACGGACGUCAGCUUCGUCAAGGGCGACCGGAUGGAGGUGCUGGACGACACCGAGUCCGACUGGUGGCGUGUGGUUCACCUCAAAACACGCCAGGAAGGUCUCAUUCCGUGGAACUUUGUCGCCGAGGACCGGAGCGUCAAUAGCGAGGAUUGGUUUUUCGAGAAUGUAUCACGAAAGGAAGCGGACAAGUUGCUGCUGGCGGCGGAAAAUCCACGAGGCACCUUCCUGGUGCGACCGUCCGAGCACAACCCGAACGGGUUUUCGCUGUCCGUUAAGGAUUGGGAGGAAACCAGAGGCUACCACGUGAAGCAUUACAAGAUCAAACCGCUGGACAAUGGAGGUUACUAUAUUGCAACGAAUCAGACGUUCCCCUCGCUACCGGCGCUGGUGAUGGCAUAUUCCAAAAACGCACUCGGAUUGUGCCAUGUGUUAUCGAGUCCAUGUCCCAAACCACAACCACAGGUGUGGGAUCUUGGUCCGGAGCUUCGAGACAAGUGGGAAAUCAAUCGGAACGAAAUUCAACUGAUUCGUAAGCUAGGUCACGGCAACUUUGGCGAGGUGUACUACGGCAAGUGGCGUAACAACAUUGAGGUUGCUGUUAAAACUCUUCGCGAGGGUACCAUGUCGACGCAGGCCUUCCUUCAGGAGGCGGCGAUUAUGAAAAAAUUCCGUCACAGUAGACUAGUCGCGUUGUACGCGGUCUGUUCCAAAGAAGAGCCCAUCUACAUCGUCCAGGAGUACAUGUCCAAGGGAAGUUUGCUGGACUACCUGCGAACGGGCGACGGUCAGUUUUUGCAGUUUGAGGAUCUGAUCUACAUCGCGGCCCAGGUUGCGUCCGGCAUGGAGUACUUAGAGCUCAAACAGUUGAUACACAGGGAUCUGGCCGCUCGCAACGUACUGAUUGGGGAAAACAACGUAGCAAAGAUCUGUGAUUUCGGCCUGGCCCGAGUGAUAGCGGACGACGAGUACUGUCCGAAGCAGGGCUCCCGGUUUCCGGUCAAAUGGACCGCCCCGGAGGCAAUCGUGUACGGCAAGUUCUCCAUCAAGUCGGACGUCUGGUCGUACGGUAUCCUGCUGAUGGAACUGUUCACGUACGGCCAGGUACCCUAUCCGGGAAUGCACAGCCGCGAAGUGAUUGAACAGAUCGAACGGGGCUACCGAAUGCCAAAGCCAACGAAUCAUCACCUGCCGGACGACAUCUACAGUCUGAUGCUCAAGUGCUGGGACGCGAUACCGGAGAAGCGUCCGACGUUCGAGUUCUUGAAUCACUAUUUCCAGAACUUUACCGUCACCUCGGAGGUGCCCUAUCGAGAGGUGCAAGACUAAGCGGGGGAGGGGGUGGAGCAGCAGCUAAUAAAGUCUGAGACGGUUCAUGGAUCCCUGUUUUGCUCUUUCGUGGGCGGGAAAGUUUAAGGAAAAGGGCGAGCAAGGGAGAUGUGCACAGGCGAGCGGGUGUCCUACUUCACUAGUGUAGUAAGCUUAACUACUGAUUUACACUCACAUACAUACACACAUACAGACAGACAGCCACGCGCAAAGAGAGAAGAUGGGUGGACAUCUCAUGUAGAUUAAAGUUUACACUUACAUGCAUCACACACACUCACACAUCAACCAUCGCUUUACGUUGCAACUUGUAACCGUAUAAAUUAGAUCGACAAAGCUGUGUUUUAAUCGGUAGGCUAGAGCUGAGUCAAUGAAUCGAGAGUUUCGGUUUUAGCGACGACGGUACAAUUUCGUCAGUUUAAUCGUGCAUGCUAGAUUAGCUGUGUAUGGACGAGUCGCAAACUAGCGCGUUUUAGUAGAAAAUCUACAUCUAGGUAUUAGCGGUAGCUUGCGUUUGAAUUUAAAUAAGAAUACACACUUUCAGUAGGUGUUUGAUUUUUUUUUGCCACGAUUUCUUGAUGUUACUUGAAUAAUGGUAUGAAAAAUGCCAAAGAACUAACCUGUAUUUUUCUGUUGAUCGAAAUUAAAUUUUAAUGAAGUGUGUUUUUGAUAGUAAUUAUGGAAAUAGAUGCUCUUGUUUACAGAAGGUAACACUUAAAUUCCGCUUUGGAUUAUUUAUUUAAAUGGUUUUGAAAGUUUAGCACAUGAACUCCAAAAUUUCUAAUCUCAUGCAUUGUUUUAACUGUCAGAAUGGUGUUUUUUUUUCGAAUUGCUCCAUUGUUUGUUCGUUGGUUGAAGAUUAUUUAUUCAGCAAGAGCGAAUUUUAGACCUAUUUGUCAAGGUCAUUUGUUAAAAGACAAAAACAUUUGCUUUCCACAAACAGUUUACCAUAGUUUUCGCACUUAAAAAGCUAAACACGUAUUCUCUCAUCAUUGAUGCAGCAUAAACUUCAACUACGUACGUGCGUGAUGAAUAUAAGAAAAAGUGCGGCAGACUUUUAGAUUUAGAGUAGCGUAGUUCGGUGGUAAAGCGAAAGCGGAAUAAAAACUAAAUGAAAAAAAAACAACCUGUAAUACUAGUCGUCAACACACAGAUUCAUUCGUCAGCGCAGUGAAACCUUUUGUAAUAUAGUUUUCUUUUAGUAGUGAAAAAACAAACAUCUAUUUAGUCAAAUUACCCCCUCUUCGGCAGACAGACGCAAAGUAAAACCAGUUAUAAACUGUGUCUCAAACAGAAAAAUCACGAACAAAUACCACAAACUGCCAUUUUUACAUUGUUCAUUUCUAAUUUAGUCUAAAUACCACGUUUUUUUUCAUUUUACAUAUAUUUUCUACUGUAUCUUCAAACGUAUUCAACAAAAAUAUGAAAAGUUAUGCACUGAGGUGUCGUGAUUAUAGUUGAGAUUUCUCUGCAAGAGAGGAGUAUGUUUUCAAUUUCCCAUUUGUUCGAAACAAGACGAGUGACCAAAUGGCGACCGUCCUGUUCAGCACAACAAACUAAACCUAAUAUACAUUUCACGAACUGCAUCUUGAUUAUUUUAAGAGAAAGAAAGGAAAGCUGCAAGAGAAAGGGUAAUGUUGCAUUGGAAUAAUAAAUUAAAUUAUGCAUAUAAGUAACCGACGCAACUGAAGAAUCACUUUUACGACUAUUUAUAUUUAUAUAAAUUAAGUUACUGAACAUAUAAUUAGACAUACCUACCAAUUACCUUUAUCGUUCGGUUUCGACUAAAAACCUAAAAAAAACGAAAGUGAAAAAUGCAUUCAAAUUUUAUCUGCGUACGAAACAAAAAUUAAUCAUCAAACCGGAAGUCACAACUUUUACUCUCUAUUCUAUAUCUCUGAACCUAUCGAAAUUUAGCAAAGUGUACACCAGAAAGAGGUAUUCUCAAAGCGAGAGAAAAAAAAAACUACUAACAAGAAAACGCGUUUCUGUCCACUAAUAUAAAACAAAAAACCAACAAAAUACGGGAGACAAAAUUACAUUUUUCAACAGAUGCUGAUCGCUCUCGCCAGCAGAGCGGAGCACCCAUACAGAAACAUGGAACUACCACUAGCUACAAUAUAGAAAACAAUUUUAAUACCUUUUCAUUCCAUAGAUAACAACACCGCAACAAUACAUGAAAUUAAAAACACAAAAAAACAAAAAAUACAGAAUCAAUUUUUAACCAAUAUCCCUGCAAACGAAAGAUGAUGACGUUUACAAUCGAAUCAAUUUUUACAAGCCGAAAUGUGCUAAAAACAAUUUUAUACACUCUAGCAAAAGCUACCCAAUCUCUAAAAUACAUAUUAACAACCAAUACCCACACACCCACUCUCCAGCCACUCAGCCAGGCAGGCAGGCCGGCAGGCAGCCCGCGUUGCUAAUCAUUCGAAGAUGUUACUAUAUACCUAUUAUUUGUUUGUUUUUCGACUUAUCGUUCGGGAAACGGAAAGCUUCGGCCAUAUACAAUAGGGACACCGACCCGGACGAACGGAACGGAUCAGAAGAGAGGAGAUUGUUUCCGGCGAGAGCGUGGACAUUUUCGAGUGUGCAACAAAAUAAAACAAAAAAAAAACCAACAGACAAACAACCGCAUUUUAGUGUUUUUAGAUACCCCUAAACGCGAUGCGAGUCGAAACCAUGCUCGAUGAGCAGGACCCGCUGCUGGGUUGGUUGAGCUAGUUUAGCAGUAGCCACCGCGCGGAACGUGUCCGAAAGGCAGUACUAACGAGAAACAACAGAACAAGAAUAUUAUUCAUAAGCUCUAUUCGUAUAAGGCAAAACACAGACACACACACAAAAUGAUACACACAAGCAAGUGGUAAAAACCAAUUCUAUGUUUAGUGGUUUGUUGUAUGAUAAACAAAAAAUAAUAAAAAAGAAAA